UGGGACAGCUCCUCCGCCCCCUUCCGCGGCCGGUUGCACUUUGUUGUUGGUUCCCAUCAAAGAUACGAGAUCUAUGAUCUUUGGUUCCCAUCGACAGAACUAGUUCAACAAAAUAAGUGUCACCUUAUUAAAAUAAUCAACUUUCUGAAUCAGCUGCUGAGCCAUUUGUGAAACUUAGAAAAUGACUUUGUCAACAGAGCAAAUAGAAAUUUCCAAAUUUAUGAGUUUUCUGCAGGACUGGGAUCGUGGCACCAAAGCUAUCCGACAUCAAAUACUUAAUGACUUUAUAAAUACAAGUAAAGGUAAAACAAGUCCAGAGCUGGAAUUACAGUUUGCUCAAGGAGCUAGUUUGUUUCUCACUAGAUUGACGGCAUGGCUCAGAAUAACUUACAUGGUUGGUACCUGUGUAACUGAACAAUUGCAAGCCAUUGGUAUAUUUUUAUCAGCAGCAAGUGGUCAUCGAUACCUGAUAGAAAUUUUAGAAGUUGGUGGCAUUUUGACUCUUCUGGAGAUUCUGAGACUAAAACAGUUGCAAGAAGAUGCCAAACAGGAAGCAUUAAAAUUACUUACAAUUAUCGCAAAUGCAGGCCGAAAGUACAAGGAAUUAAUCUGUGAAAGCUAUGGUGUGAGAAAUAUUGCAGAAUGUUUAGCAAACUCAAAAUUGGAAAAAACACAAGAACAGGCUCAGAUCUUGUUAGAACUAUUAGCCCAAGGCAAUCCAAAGUAUCAGCUGCAAGUUUACAAAGGACUAAUAGCAUUAUUGCCAUGCACAUCUCCUAAAGUACAACAAAUGGCUCUUCAGGCAUUGAGGACACUACAGAGUAUUGUGAAGAUCGUACAUCCUUGUAUUGUCGAUCCUCUUUUGAACAUACUAAGAACAAUACAUUAUGAAGUCCAAUAUGAAGUAAUUGAAUUCAUCAAGGUACUCCUGAAUUAUAAAGUACGGCAAGCUUUGCUUGAAGGAGUAGUUGCACGUCUAACUCCAUCAACGGAGAAUCAACCCAAAAUUUUUCACGAUGAACCGACAUCAAACCUUGCAGAAUCCUCACCAUUGUAUGUACAACAAGCAGCAGCAGCAAAGGUUAUAGGUAUAAUCAUCAAAGAGUCCACUGAGAUAGCUGAGGAAAUGUUGCAGCUUAGAGUGGUACAUCACCUCAUGAUUGUCAUGGGAAACCUGGAAUAUGCUAGCAGCCAAAAACAAGCUUGCUUAACAUUGGAAGUAAGCAUUUAUGAGAGUUACCUGAUUCAUACAUUUCCGGUUGUAGAAGAACAUGUACGACAAGCCAUUGGAGAAUCAUUUUAUGAGUUGUAUAUGAAACAUCCAGAGAAUCUGUACUUGAAAAUGGACUCGAUCCAAGCUGCUGUUUUGGUUAACAACAAAGUCAAUAUUCCAGGAUCAAUUGAAGCAGCAGCAGAAUAAACCAAGCUGUCUGUGGCAGCACAACAAGAUGAAGCUAUUUUUAAAUAAAACAUGUCAAUGUAAAAUUGUUCUCAGAAAAUUAUCUUUUCAAAUAAACAUCAGAGACAAAGAAGUACAGCUUGGAUUAUUUUAAGAUCUGUUCCAGCAUAAAAGGUGAUAUAACUUAAUUUCAGUGACAAUGAAAUGCACAAUCAUCGAUCAAGCUCUAGCUCUUGAACUGAUAUUGACAAAGUGUAAGUUAAUUAAUGGUCUAAUUCCACCUUUCUACAUCUACAGAAUUAGCAAUAUUCAAUAUCUAUUAAUUGUGUGUUUCUAUUUUGGCAAAACGUGCAAAUAUAUGUUCUAGAUUGACAAAACAAAAUGUGAUUCCUACAUUUCAAUCUGCUAAUAAAAUUGUUCAAUUUUUGGUGAA